AUGAUUCUUGAUGAAGAAAGACCUAAUUCAAGGUUAUUCGAACGGAUGAAAGCCAGAAAAAUUGCGGAAGCGGAAGCCCACCUCGAGAAAGCUCGCGCGUGCAUGAAAACAGGAUUUUUCAAGCGUAAGCCCGAUCUGAAUGGAGCCACUAUUGAAUAUUACGAGGCCGCUCAAGCGUAUUACGUUGCACAGAAACUGCCUGAAGCCAUUGAGUAUUACGAAAAAAGUUCCGAAAUCGAUCAACAGCUCGAGGAUGAUCUGAAUGCUGCCACAAAAUUAGAGAAGUGUGCUCUUCUAUCAAUUCAGAGAAAGGAUGACAAAAGCGACGCGGACGCUCGCGACUACUAUGACCGCAGCUGCAAAGAGUACCUCCUCGCGAACUGCAUGGAUAAAGCCGCCGAAUGCCUCGUGAAGAUCGCGCAUGUGGUGGAGAAGAAGAACAUCCACAUGGCGGCUGGCUACAUGCUUCGAGCCUGCAACCUCUUUGUGAACUUCGACCGCCAGGACUUCGCCGUGGACACCUUCAACAACACGCUGAAUCUGCUUCUGCGCAUCGGCCGUUUCCAGUCCGCCAUCAUCCUCCUGCGCCGCAUGAUCGCUCUGUUCACCAAGCUGCAGCAGGAGCACAACAUCUUCAAGUGCUAUCUCUCGAUCGUGGUGAUCUAUCUGGGCGCCGGCGACCUCCCCGCCGCGCAGCAGGAGUUCAACCAGCAUCUCCAAGUGGACAGCUAUCUCCGCUCGCAGGAGAUCGCGCUGGAGGAGGAUCUGAUCAAGGCGUGCGAGGACUUCGACGAGGCGCGCGUGGAGGAGCUGCACCAGCACAACCAGCUCAACUUCGUGCAGCAGCAGGUGAACCGCAUCGGGAAGAACGUGCAGAUCGCGCAGCCCGUGGAGUGGUACCGCGAGGAGACCGAGGCCAUGCUCAAGCAGGCCGAGGGAGACGAGACGCAGCCCGUCGAUCUGGAGCCCAAGAAGCCCGCGCCUCGACAGGUCGUUCCGAAGCCCAAGAAAGCGGAAGCCCCCAAGAAGGUCGAGACGCCCAAGUCGCCCAAGUCGCCCAAGUCGCCCAAGUCGCCCAAGUCGCCCAAGUCGCCCAAGUCGCCGCAGAAGGUCGAAACGCCGAAGGCUGAAGCGCCGAAGAAGGUGGAGUCUCCCAAGAAGGCCGAGUCUCCCAAGAAGGCUGCGCCCGUGGAAGAAGCGAAAGAAGAAAAAGAAAAAGAAAAAGAAAAAGAAGAAGAAGCUCCGAAGCUGUCGCCGCUGGAAGCUUUGGAGCAGGCGGCUCUGAACGGAGAGGACGAUGAUGAUCUAAAUCUUUGCUUGCGUGCGUGUUGCAACAAACAAUCCACAGCACUUUGUCGUCUUCGCCCAGCCGAUCGUACGACCAUUUAUCCUUCCGACUGA